AUGAUUCUUCGGUCCAGAGCCUCAAACAGCAACUUCUCAAGUGAUUCCGAUAUAAACAUCCAGGAAGCUAGUCAAAUGGGCGCCAAACUCUCGGAUGCUAUGAGCAAUACUUCUGAUGAUCUCGGCGUUCAAAUUGUGACAUUCAUCUCACGCUUUGGGCGUCCCUUCCCCGAUCGGCUACUCGCAGUGCUUGAAAUGUUCAUCAAGUGCACAGAUUUAAAACUUGAUGGCAUACAGUUUCAAGCUCCGUUCCGGGAUAUCGUUCUCGAUAUACUCGCCUUUUCCAGAUCCAUCGUGGAGAAUAACAGCAUCAAUGUCAAGAACUUAACUGGAAAGAUGAGAGAAAAUGCCGACCACCAAGUCUUGGUUCUUGCAGAGUGUGCUAAAAGACUUGGUAACAUGGUUGCCUCGCCUGGAAAAUCGAUCGAAGCUGCUUUUGCUGGCGGUUGCGUGUUUGCCGCUAGCACUAAAGUCAUGAUGGCAUUCAUUGAUAUCAUGAGAGAUCUGAAAAAAGAAAGCGAUCUUGGAGAAGCUGGCCCGGUACCGCUUACUGUGUCUGAUAGCUCAGUAGAAGGGCCAAGCAUGAGUACUUCUGAAGAUAAUUCCCUAGAUUCGGGGGAUUUGUGGUCUACUGAGCCAAUACCGAAUUCUUUCAGCGCUGAAGAUUUCGCUUUUGACUGGUCCACGAUAAUGGAUUUUGAUGAAAAUAUGUUAUACAAUGACCUGAAUUUUGAUUUUGGUUCGUGUUAA